GCUCAGCGCCGUGGGGGAUGAACACAUGAGGGGAAUGUAGUACCCUCCCUGGAGGAGAUUGUAAUCCAGACAGGGACUACAAAUUUGACAAGUUUGUCUUCUGCUCUGAGCUACCGGGCCCUACCAGGAGCUCCAGGGCCAGCUGGGACCCAUCCCUUUGGAGCAGCUGCUUCAGACUAGGCUAGGAAGCACUGAGCUCUAGUGGUCAAGGGAGCCAUGGAGGAGAGAGCUGGUCAGCGAGAGCAAGACAGACCCAGCCUUCGUCUGGAAAAGCUACAGCACUGGGCCAGGCACAGGCAGAGUGGGCACCUCUUGGUGCUGGCGGUGAGCCAGCUAUGGCUGGCAGUGGCUGUGGUGCCCUUUGCUAUCUCAGUUGCCUGCCUGAACUCUGCUUGUCACAUGGCCACAGCACUGCCACUUGGGCCUGGCGUACUGGGUCUCCUCACUGGGAUUGUAACUCUUGAGCUGCGCAGAGCACCCCGUCUCUGGAAGGUGCACGCCAUGAUGCUAUUCAACACCUUCAAUCUGAUCUUGGGCUUCAUCGCGUUGGUGGUCGAAGUGGUGAAGACAGCCUUGAUGUCUGCCCCUACUGUCCCCUCCCAGCUAGCCGGCUUGCUGGUGCUGGAGCUCAGUGCUGAGGCCUUCACCCUAGGGGGAGUGCUGGUCUCAGCAUACUCCCUGUUCCUGCUGAGCCAGAGGAAGCCAGGAUGCUGCUGGAGCCAGAGUCUGCACUACCAGGAGCUGCAGGAGGGUCUCUCAGAAUUAGAGGAAGUUCCUGAUUUGGAGACUGGUCCCACGGUGGCUAGCAGAGCAAACAGAACAAAUGAGUGAGCUGGCAAGGGGAAGCAGACAGGUGUUGCUUUCCUACCCGGCGGGAGCGUUCUCCAGACCCUCCUGCACCCCAUCCCACCGUACUCAAACUAGAUGGAGUCCCCUGAGACCUACUUGAAGUCUGGUGGAGUGCCUUCAAUCUUCACUCAGACUAGGCCCCUUUCUUUUUCCUUCCCUGCUGCGGAAAGCAAUACCUAGACCGAGUCUUAAACCACCUCACCGCCCUGAAAAUCUGCCCGCCUGCAGGAUAUCCUUAAACCAACUUUCAGCUAGACCCAUUUUCUCCCUUCUAUCCUCACCCUCCUUCCCCACUGCCUCCCCAUCCUGCUUCACAUGUGCCUCAUCUCACUAUUUCCAAGAUUUCCACCUUUCACAAUCCCAUCCCCUAAAAACCCGUACACGCCCCCUCUCUGAAAUCGAUUCACAACGGGUGGUUUCGUUCUCUCGCUUCGAUCCGGUUCCUUUCUACUCUAGCG